UCGUUCGCAACGGAGGCGCAAAAACAAAAGAAUCCCAAACACACAAAAAAGGCCACCAACAACAGGCGCCAGCGGGCAACGAGAACAACGUGGCUGAGAGCAACGACAACGAACCAUCCAUGAUUGGCUCGCACGGUCCCAGACUGCAAAAGAAACGCGCCCUCAACAGCUACUCCAAUUUUCCCUUAUAACGACUACCCCCCCCUCUGAGAUAUACCAAAAAACUACCAUUAUAAUUAGCUGUUAACUAGUCAAUGCCAAAAAUGAUAGUCGACAAGACGGACUCGGUGGGCGAGAAUGCCUGGGCCAAGCUGCUGCCCGAGGAGAAGGACAAGAAGAGCGCCCCCGUCAUUGUGAAGAUGGGCGGCGGCAACAACAACGACUCCAAGGAGACCACCCCGCUCAAUGUGGACCAACUGGUGGCCGCCACAACCCCGGGUGCCGGCUCGGAGCAGGGCGGGCCAGCGAGCGCCCUGGAGGAUACCUACAAGCGCACCGCCACCUACGCCUCGAACAUCAACAGCACCGGCGGCGAGUCGAGCGGGAGCGGGACGCAGCUCUCCCGUAAGGAGUCCCUGCUGGGCAGCUUCCAUCGCCAGAUCCGUCGAUCCAUCAAGGCGGUUAGCGAAUCGCCUGGACCACUUACCAGGUGA